CUCGGUAUACGACAGCUGCUUCGUCGCUAUCUCAACUCAGUGAAUGCAGAGGAAAAGUCAACGUGUAGGCGAGAGGUGGAGGCUUCGGACCCCAGCACCGAUGCCGUUCAAAAUGUCUCGGAGGAACCCUGACCAUACCUUUGGAAAGCCAGGCGCUGUAGCCUGAAUUUGAACGUUUUGGGGAAGGGUGGGGUGGGACGGUUUGUUCCUGAACCAAGUUGGGGAGGAUUCCGAUUAUGGAUGGCAGAGACUUCGGCCACCACCGGGCAGUCCACGUCCCGUCGCCCUUGCUUACCGGCCUGGGCAUGGAGGCGCACAGGGUAGCCGCUCAGGCCAGCAGAAUCGCCCCGUCCGCCGGCCACAUGAGCUCGGCGCUCGGCACUCACCUGCCGCCGGCCAAGUACCUCUCGUCCCCGGUGUCGGUGCACGGCCAUUCGGGUGAUGCCUACCCCGGUGGCUCAACUCCUUUUCUUGGGGGUUUCGUCGCCAGUGGCCUAGGGACCUCGACUGCACCUCAUGGAACCCCUGCUCCUUUGCCCUCUGACCCUUCCUUCCGUGGACCCAACCCCACAAAUAUCCAGAUGGCACAGCUCUGGGUCGCGCACCCUCCUGAAGGUUACUCGCACCUGUCCAGCGGUCUUUACCCUCCUUAUAUUCCACUCGGCCACUUGGAACACCCGAGCAGCAGCAGUCCGAUUCUAGCUCAGCUCAGCCAGCACAGUCUGUUCGAGUCUCAGAAAGAAGGAUAUUACCUACACAGCCAUGCAGGACAAUCAGCCCUUCACGGUGCUGCGCACCCGCAAACCGCCAUCUCCAGGACGACGUCCAAUCAUGCGUCGGGCUCAAUCCUGCGAGAAAAGGAAAUGUGUCAUCCGCAGAAAAGUGGGAAAGAGUCGGAGAGGUAUCCAGCGAAAGACUCGAAAGAGAAAGUGUACAGGACUGAGACCAACGUAAACGUGGCUAAGAAGGAGAAGUCCAGGGAAGAAUCCAGGCCUAGGAGUGUGGUGGACCUCACACAAGAAGGCCGGACAGAUAACGACAGGAGGAUCCAUCUUCUUGACAAAGCUGCCAAGGCUAGUGAGCAUCACUCUACAGUUCUUACCAGUCACUCUCCGAACCGGGGAACUGGGAACGGAGAGCCAAAAUCCAAGAACCCUCUGCAGACCCUGUCUCUUAGCAACUGUAACAGUGGCUCCAGUUCCUCACUGAGACUCCCCGGCAGUGAACAGGACAGAUGCUCCAAAGACUCUGCUAAGCACGACGAGAACAUGCGGCCUCUGCUGCACGCUCACGCAGAACGGACGCGCAAGUGUGACACCGUGGUGACCUCGGUUGGCACUCUGCAUGUUUCCUGCGGCUGUCCGUCACCCCACUCCUCUCAAACAGCACGGAUGCCACCUUCCAGCACAUUCCCUCCUCUUCCUGUCCAUUCCAGCAUCUACACCAUCUACCCCACUGCCAGGGAGCCAGGAAAGGAACAUAAAGUUAUUGCACCUACCUUUGUGCCUUCGGUCGGGUUUUACGAGAACAGGAACGGCCCCAUUCAGAUCGCCUCUCAGGCCAGAGACAAUAAGAGUGACAAGUGCAAAGACAAGGAUAUGAGCAGAGUGGCUGGUGACAGGACAGGCAGUUUGCUAUGCCCCUCAGAGAGGACGCUGGCAGAAUCCUCUCGGUUAAUGGUGACACAGGACCUGCCUGUGCACGCCGAUACUAAAAGGGUGGAUAAUGUGAGGGAGGAAGGGUCGGUUAUUAGAUCCAACUCCCUAGCAAUAAAGAGGCCCACGACCUCUGAGCUCUUCCUGAGCAAACCGGGCCUCAGCCCAUCUGAAACGAGGGACGUGCAUUCGAGCAGCGCCACACUGAAAGACCCGGUGCGAUCGAGCUUUGAGGUCGACCACCGAAGUCAGGAGAGGGCCCAGCGAUCAGGGGUGAAGGAUUCCCCGAAGGUAUUCAACGGGGUGGACGUCACGAGGCUGCACUCAGAGCAGCCCCAGCUGAAACGCUCGGGCACCCCGGAGCCAAAGUGGAAGCCGUUCGAGAUGGUGACGUACGCCACCAGCCAGAUGGCAGCGCUGGCGGCCCAGCAUGGUCACAGCAGCAGAGCGGACGAGGAUCAGAAGAAGAGCUUCCUGGAGCCGGCGGCCCUGCAGAGGUCAGCGGGGGUGGGUACGCCCAGUGAGGUCUCGGCCAUGCAGAGCCUCAUCAAGUACAGCGGCAGCUUCGCCAAGGAGGCGGCGGGUAGGUCCGGCAGCGGCAAGAAGAGCCCAUUCGGCGGGCUCGGCAACGUGAAGACUGACUCUGGGCAACACGGCAUGUUGAAGGUGCAGCACCUCCCGCUCCCACAGCUCAGCAAGCAGCUGAAAAAAGACCCAGAGCGGCCGGAGAGCGCCAAAUCGACGCAGGGCGAGGUGGAGGUCCGGCACCCACCUGUGGGCAUCGCAGUGGCAGUGGCCAGGCAGAAAGACAAUAGCAGCAAACCGGGCACUGGUGUGAUUGACAGGGAUCGCUCGCUCUCUAUGAACAGCAUGAAAGGACCUGGGCGCACCGACGAAGAGCGAAGUGAUGAUCGCCACCGCCAUCGCGAGGAGCGUCUCAUCGCCCGCGAGCAGGAGAAGCUGCUGAGAGAGAGUAAGGAGUUGGCGGAUUUUGCCCGGUUACACCCUCCAGGCUGCAGCGCUGGUAGUCUGAACUCGAACCUGAUGGUUAUGGGAGGGCCAGCUCUGGCUGGAGCUGGUCGCUGGUCUACUGACCCCACCUCACACUUAGCAUCUCACCCGUGGCUUCCUCGGACUGGGAGUCCCUCCAUGUGGCUGACAGGUCAUCCGUACGGUCUGACUCAUCCAUCUUUACACCAAGGAAUGCCUCCUGGCUUUCACCCCAGUAUUCCCGGCUCAAUCCCCUCAACGUACCAGUUUGCAAGAGAUCCGCAGUCUGGCCAGCUGGUGGUGAUCCCGACAGAACAUUUACCACACUUUGCAGAGUUAAUGGAGCGGCCACUGUGGCCUUCGAUGUACCCGCCGACAGGGAGCUCCCUGCAACACGCUCACCAACUCCAGUUACUGUCUCAGCAACAACUCCUGCGGCAGCAUGAGCUCUACAUGCUGCAGCAACAGGCAGCCCACGCCAUGGAGAUCCAACGUAAUGUACAGCUCGUGGAAAGACUGAAAGCGAACGAGCAGAGAAACGAGAUGGAAGAGAAAGUGUGUAAGAGAAGCUCUGAGGGAGGCAAGCACGGCCUGGUCACCUCCUCGACAGGAAUAUUACAGAAACGGCACUCAUCGCAUUCGCCUGUGCCGUCCACCUCCUACCACAAGACGAGCACCCCCCCUCCCUCAGCACAUACCUCGUCGCCCAGACUGAAACUGAAAUCUGACGUGAGAGUGGAGAUGGAGGAUCCAUUACCCCCCCAGCCUUAUCACUCGCCAUCUCCAGCCUCCCAUCCGCCAAGCCCUCCACAUGGCUCCCCACCUCCAGCUCCAGCCCUACCCCAGAAAGUGGAAGCAUCCGAAGAGUCUGAGAAGAAAAGCUUGGAGAAAGAUGCUUCUGCUCCUUUUCAAGCCCUGUUUCCGGAGAUUCCUCAAAGAUAUUCUUACCGCUCCCUCCCAACUUCUUUCGGCAGCCAUUACCCCUACCUCCUGCAGCCUACUGCUGCUUCUGACGCUGAUGACUUGGCACCUGACGUACCACUGCCAGAGGCCUCCGAGCCCAGGCCCUGCUCUAUCGCCCCAUCCUCGCCCGAUGUCAAGCCGAUACACUUGCACCCCCCAGCGGUGCAAGAGGACAUGGCUGCAGAGCCAAUGGAGAUCAAAGUGCAGUGCGAAGAUCUGAUUGAACUGGAGGACAGCAAGGGCCUAUGCGAUCGACACCUCGAGGGGCAGAGUAAACCCGGGCCAUUUGGUGGAGAAAUGACUGACGAGCCAACUGACCUGACCACAGAACACAAGGCUUCACCAACCAUAGAGAGCCAGGAGGACCACCAGAACUGUCAGUCACCUUACCAGACAGUAGCUUGCACUCCUGAGGAGGAGGCCAAAGGGGAACUGCAACAAGUGCAGGCCAGCUCUCCUCUCGGUGACUAUCAAACUGCGAUGACACAUUCGGAGGUGGACAGUUCAAAACCAGAGGAAUUGCCAGAGCACACUGAUCACUAUUUCAAAACUGAGCAAGCGGACACUGAGAGCAACAUUGAAGAGACAUUACACACCGCACCUUUGAAUACGACGGAGCAGUUUGAGCUGCAUUUCCAGAUUCCUGAGGAGCACACACCGGAGAUAAAGCUGGACGAUCCAAUGGCUGGCAUGAACGCUCUGGUAGCUGCUGUCGAGCUUCCCCAAACCUGCUCCUUACCUGUUGAGACAACCAUGCCUUCGGACUUCAGCACAGCGGACAGCUCCUCCCUCAUUGGCAUUGCGCUGCUGAGCGAGAUUGCUGAACUCGAACUAGAACGCCGCAGGUCAAGUGGCGUCAAUAAACGGCUAGAUGGUGGAGGGAGUCACCUGGAUUUGGAAAGCCUCCUUGUUGCUAGCACCCAGGCGCUCAUGAUGGACUCCAUGCCUUCCAUGAGCACUGAAAUGUUUGAAGAUACAAAGAAUGGCCCGGUGAUGAUAAGGCUUCCUCGUGAGCUCAAUCCCAACAAGAGGUACAGCUGGAUGCAGAAGAAGGACGAGCCUAUGUUCUCCAUUAAAUCUGCCAUUGAGGGGAUGGACGCCAUGGAGUUGGAUUACAGGAUGAAGCUGGCAGAACUACAGAGGAGAUACAAGGAGAAACAAAGGGAACUGGCCAAGCUCCAGAAGAGGAGAGACUCGGAAGAAAAACGGGAUGAGAAAAGUAGGAGUUUGUCGCGGAGAGGACCUGGAAGGCCGCGAAAGAGAAAGCAUGGCUCAAGUGCUCCGUCACCGCAUGUUGAUAGAGGGCGAAGUGACAGCAAGAGUGGGAAGCACGGGAAAGGCUUCUCGCUCUCCGACGAGAUGGAGACGGCCGACGGCGCCAGGAAGAAGGUGAGGUCGGCAGCCCAGGAUGAUGACGAUGAGGCGGAAAGCGUGAGCUUGAAAGCAAAAGGGCGGAGUCGCAUGUGGGAGCAAGAUGCGUCUUCGAGCUUUUCACACGAGAGCCACGGCCAGAUUAAGUUCAAGAAGAAGAGGAAGGUCAGUGAACAGGACCAGCUGGCGACCAAGCUGCACCAAACCCUCUCGCUAACUAAACUAAAGUCACCCUUUAAGUUUGCAGAUGGUUCAACAGGGAAGCGGAAAUGUGGCGUCAUGGACAACUGCAGGCACCUGGGCUCCCAUAAGGACUUUCUGGGGAAAGACGGAAGGAAGGUGCUGCAUAAAGCCAUCGGCAGUACACCGAGCAUGCUCCCUUCUAAAGAAAGCAAAAGCAAAAUGGCAGCCAAGGGCAGGAAGUUGGAGUCAAGUUCAAAGUUGAAGGGUAGGCUGAAGACGUCCCAUUCUCCGGCAAGAUCAGAGGUCAGCAGUUACUCCUACAAUACUGACACAGAGGAUGAGGAGGAACUGGUAAAGGAUGAAUGGCCGUUGCAGUCCACCUCAAGUAUGUCCGAGCGACCAGGCUCCAAGCUGAAGGCACCUGCUCUCUAUGGCAUAAUAUCAAAGAAAAGCAAGGCUUCACUGGGCACAAAGCAGGCUAAAAGACUAGCGUCUGCCACUGGGACUAUCAGAUCACAACGAGCGACCGACAAGAAAAAUCUGAAGCACUUUGCCUUGCUAUUGGAGGAAGCCGAGGGUGGAUCUUCCUUCAGUGACAGUUCGGAGGACUCAUUCAAUCAAGAUUACACCUCUGAAGAAGAGGAUUAUAGGAAUGAUUGCAGUGAUGCUCUUUCCUCACCAGUCCUGGAUGAGAGUGGUCUCGGCCUACUAGCCAGGUUUGCAGCCAGUGCCCUGCCAAGUCCGGUUAUGACUCCACCAUUAUCGCUUGUUCAGCUUGAGGCCAAGCAGAAAGCCAAGAAGAAAGAAGAAAGGCAGAACUUGAUGGGCACGGAAUUUGAGUACACAGACUCAGAGAGUGAUGUUAAAAUCAAGCAGAAACCAGCUGCAUUACCCCGACUGAAGAAGUCACUGCCAGAGCCAGGGAGCAGCAUGAGCCUUGUUAAUGAGCAGCAAAGCCAGGACAAGCUGAGGGGAGCUGACAAGGGGAGAAAGGCCAAGAAGCCAAAGGAGAAGUCUCCCCGAGAGUUCACUUUCGACUUUGGCCCCGAAGCCAGCGACGACGACCUGUGGAACCGGCGGAGGAGCGAGAGGAUUUUCCUCAACGACGCCAGCGCCUCUGCUGCGCUGACCCCAGCGGCUGCUCCCAGCGCGGCCUCGGCUACCAAAACCAGCCGCUGCCUCAAGACCAGAGCGGUCAGCCCGAAGAAAGAGACGAGUAGAGCAAAGGACAAGAGAAAGAAAGGGAAGGAGCCACUGUCCCCUGGCUUUCCUUCAGUCCCGAUUCCGAGUAACCCAUCUGAACCGAGGGCCAGCCUCCUGCGCAGCACGAGCCCCUGCAAAAAGAACAAAGUGAAAGUGAAAGCAAAGGAUGGAAAAAAGGAGCAGGCACGUUCCAAAGGCGGUGCUGUCAGUAAACUCAUGGAAAGCAUGGCGGCCGAUGAGGAUUUUGAACAGAACCAAGACAGCAGCUUCUCUGAAGAUGAGAACCUCCCUUUGAGCAUGCUCAUUGAGAGGCCCUCCAUCCCAGCUCUUCGCUCGUGUGUGAUUGACAAAGAUGAGCUGAAGGAUGGCCUUCGGGUGCUGAUUCCAAUGGAUGACAAGCUACUGUAUGCUGGAUAUGUGAAAACUGUUCACUCUCCCGAUAUAUAUCGUGUGGUUGUAGAGGGAGAGAGAGGAAACCGUCCGCACAUCUACUCCUUGGAGCAGCUCCUACAGGAAGCGAUCAUUGAUGUUAAGCCUUCCUGUGUGAGGUUGUUGCCUGAAGGAACCCGAAUUGCUGCCUACUGGAGCCAGCAGUAUCGCUGCCUGUACCCUGGAACUGUUGUCAGAGGGAGCCCGGACCCUGAUGAAGAUGAGGACCUCAUCACAGUGGAGUUUGAUGACGGUGAUACUGGACGCAUUCCUCUUUCACACAUACGCCUUCUGCCUCCAGAUUAUAAGAUUCAAUUGUCUGAUUCAGAGACUGGCUUCUUCUUAACAGGUGCAGAGCCAUCCCCAGCUCUGCUCGUGCCCAAUACCAAGCGACAAAGCAGGAAGUCCAGCAAGGAUGCUGUGGACAACAAGGAGGCCAGCGCUCAGGGCACUGACAGCAGCGCAGCGAAAAAUAAAGGCCGCGGGAGGAAGACAUCCACCGCCAAAGGGAAAGCUGGAACGGACUCGGUCUCCGAGCAGGCGGAGAUUCCCGGACCGGCAGAGGGUCAGACAGACGCGGAGGGCCAGGGGAAGCAAGUCGCCAAAACGACAAGGAAGUGCCUCCAGAAAAGGAGCGGGGUGGGAGCUCCAGCCAAGGCCGCUGGCGAGAGGAAGAAAAAGGCGGCGAAGGUGAAGCUGCUCCCGAAACAAAGCGCGCAACAGCCGGCCACCUUCCCUGCUCCCGUCUUCGGGAACGUCCUCAGCCUGGAAACGUACGGUGAGCUGCCAGACCCGUUCACCAUCUCCGAGAGCGCCGGAGCCAGUGUGAAAGUGAAGAAGGGCAAGAAGUCGGAGGAAGAGGCCCAGGAGUUUGGGAAUGGCGGGAAGGGCCUGAGGAAGCAACUGGAGGCAGAGAUUCUGGUCAAGUUGGACCAUGAAGGGGUGAUGUCACCCAAAACAAAGAAGACCAAAGCCAUGAUGAUGGAAGAUCAAAGCUUGACAGGCAAAGUCGACAGCAAGGUCAUACUCAGUGUGAACUACCCUGCAGCAGCUGGGAGCUGUGAGGUGAAGCAGAAACCGUCAAAAAAUAAGGCUGCCAAGAAGGAACCUAAUGUGGGCACCGCAUACUCUGGGGGGACUUUUGGCAGCAACACGGAGUCCAAAAGCAAGAUGAAGAACAAAGAGAAGGAAGACGGCAAUAGUAGCGUGAGCAGCAGCAGCAGUCCCGAGUCUGAGGGUGAGGAAGAUCAGCAGAACGACGAGGGAGAGGCUCCGAGGAACAGCAGCGCCACAAGCUCCAGGGCCUCAUCGCCCGUGUCAUCGUCAUCGUCGUCAUCCCAGUCUUCAUCCUCCAGCUCCUCGUCCUCAUCCUCUUCCUCGUCCAGCUCCUCCUCUUCGUCCUCGACCACCGAUGAAGACUCUUCCUGCAGCUCCGACGAGGAGGCCGGCUUCCAGUCUGCUGCUCCGCCUGGCCCGUCAUCAGGGCAACAGGCGCGCCUGCCCCCUGAGCCCCGGCCCCAGCAGCAGGCCCGGCGGCAGAAGCUGAAGCAGCAGCCCAGCAACAGCAAGAGCAAACCCAAGAAACGAGAAGGUGUCCACCUACCGACCACCAAGGAGCUAGCCAAACGGCAGCGGCUGCCAUCGGUGGAGAACCGGCCUAAAAUCGCCGCCUUCCUUCCUGCCAGACAACUUUGGAAAUGGUUCGGGAAGCCCACGCAGAGGAGAGGAAUGAAGGGAAAAGCAAAGAAGCUCUUCUACAAAGCGAUUGUCAGAGGCAAAGAAAUCAUUCGCCUGGGGGAUUGUGCCGUCUUCCUCUCUGCUGGCCGCCCCAACCUUCCAUACAUUGGCAGGAUUCAAAGCAUGUGGGAGUCCUGGGGUAACAACAUGGUGGUCCGGGUCAAAUGGUUCUACCACCCAGAAGAGACCAACCUGGCCAAAAAACUCAACAAUGGCAAGCGUGCUUUGUACCAAUCUUCGCACAUAGACGAAAAUGAUGUCCAGACCAUCUCCCACAAGUGCCAGGUGGUUAACCUUGACCAGUAUGAGCUGAUGGCCAAGACCAAGAAGUACCAGGACAGCGAGGACUUGUACCACUUGGCUGGGACCUAUGAGCCAACCACAGGUAUGAUCUUCAACACGGACGGUGUGCCCAUCAUCUGUUAAAGUACACAAGAAGGGUUGAGUGGCAACAACAAUCCGAGGCCUUCCAGGGAAAAUUAAGUAAGGAGGGAACGAAGCAUUGGAACUUCCCAGGAGAGGCAACCGUGGCUUUCCCUCUUCCGGUCCAGAGUUUUGUUUCUCUUGCCAGAGCGGGCCUUCAGCAGUGCAGGGAAAGUUCGCUGACCUGUGUUCAUAACCAGCAAGACUCCCCGCAGGCACAGACUAGAACGGUUUAUGCACUUAAAAAGAGCGAAUAGGAUGACGUCAUUUUCCUGUCUGGUCGGACCGUUUUUUGGUCACUCGGACUAUGCUCCCAGGGUGGGUGGCCACUGCCUGCUAAUUGACGUCACGUUUGAAUGCAAGAUGGUCAAAGGCCUCCGUUCCACUUAAGGUUGAAGAACGUCGCCUGUGUUUUUUCGAGCAUGUUGACAAGAGAGAAACAGAAGUUUUAGAACAGAUACUAUAUUAUUGUAUUUUUCUACAGCACAGAUCGAUUACUUCCUUCUCAGCCUCACUUGCUUCAACUGGGGCCAGAGAAGCACUUUUAUGUACAGUUGUCAAAACGGUCUACUCAUGUCCUGUAUCAAAUAGCUGAAUGGAGUCUUUUCUAAUGACUGUGAAAUAUGACCUAUCAGAAAUAUGAGAGAGUUAAGCUCUAUUUAUAGCUCGUGAGAUCAAUGAACUCUUCCAGGGAUGGACAGUUGUAAAUGCACAGUGAACUCGAACAGUAUUUUGCCAAGGUGACGACUAAGCAAGGAAACCAUAGCGUUGAUGGAGAGCACUUAUUUCACUGCCGAAUGCCUUCUAAGGAGAGGUGAUCACCGACAAUCGAGAGUGAAGAGAGAGAUUUUCACAUUGUAUUUGUGUACAUAGAUACUUAUAUGUGUUGUACAGACAAUUACAACUAACCUUUGAAUGCCACUCGCAGUUCACUCCAUAUUGGUAUUAACUGCAGAGAUUCAUGUAAAGCCUCUUUUGCAGGGAAAAUAUGCGACCACUUGCACUUGAAUCCACGUCAGUGGAGCUACAGUAUACUUCAUGUAUUGGGAGCCUAGUGCACUCUGGGAAUGUGUCCUCCUUGAGCAUCUCGCUAGACAUGUUCCCACAAUGCACUGCACCACUGAGCAUCCUCAGUGGAGACAGCUGACCUGUGUGCCCAGAAGUAUUCAAACUACAUCAAAUCCCCCACUAAAAGGAUUAUCUGUGGCUCAGAAUCGAUUGGAAUUUAGAACAUGUCUAAAACUAAAUAUUGCAGGAGCUUAUGUUGAAUAACAUGAACAAAAUUGUAAUGCAUCAGAAGGUAUCUCUGUUGAACAAGUUUGUCUUUUUAAAGCCGUUCAGUUAUUAUCAUAAAAUACUCACUGGUGCCUAAGAUCGUUAAUCAAAGUCAUUUAAUCUUUUGCAGUUACAAAAUUCAGGCAAUGCCUUGAUUUUUCGUGUGUUGCACAGCUAAGGUUGUUUUAGCCGCAAAAGCAAAAUGUGGCAAGGAUUUUUGACACUUGUCACUUUUGACCAGUCCUUAAUUGAAAGAAGAAAUCAAAUUAUUUUGCCAUUCUUCUCCAUGCCACUGUAAGCUGCUGUGAAACGAUUCACCCUGAAACAUUUUGAUUUUUCAUUGUCAUGUUAUCUUACUCCAAAAGCUGAAUGGUUUGAUCUUUUUAACUAUACACAAGGUGUUGGAAACAGCAGUGGGCCUGAUGAUAGGUCUGUAAAAAGGCAAAACUUAUUUUCACCUGACACAAAAAAAACCCCAAACUGUCUGAGCUUUCGGAACAUGAGUUUUCAGUCACAUUGUUAGACAGACUGCUUCCUUAAAAUGUAACGCACACUUGUCACUAUAGCAACCAGUUCUUACGGUACAGCUAUCAUUUUGUUUCAUCACCUUUUAAUUAACCUGUAGAUUCCCAAGAAAUUGCAAAUACAAUUUUAAUUAACACUGAGAAAGACAGUCUAGUUUUAUGUGGCUGGUGUUUGCUAAUUUAUUGCAGCUCUUCUGAUCGCCUGUGUAUCUUUUUUUUAAUUUGAAUUCAUCAGUGUUUUGCAUCUCCAGUGGGGUUUUGUAAAUGAAAAGCGUGUCAAGUAGUAGAAAUAAAACAAACUUUUGUCAGAAUUUUGAAUUGGUGAAAUAAUUAAUGAAAUUAUUUUCGGGCGUAUUUCCAAAAUCAAGGAAGGCAAGAAGGGCUGGGUCGGAGUACAUUUUAGCCAGAGCUAUGAUGCCACAGGCAGUGAUGGAACAUUGGACAGGAGGACCCAACCUUUAUGUACUGCCUGUUUUGUUCUCUCUCUCAAUUUGAAUUUACCUCAGUGCUUACUAAGGUUCACAACACAUUUGUUAUCCAUUUGGUGAUCUGCUUCAUUGUUAGACAACUACCAGGUUUAAAUUGAAGUCCCUCAGUGCUGAGGAUAAAUCUGUUGUAAGGCAGAGUGCUAAAAUUAUUGAAUCUGUCCAUUGGCCAGCAAGACAAACUUUUGAAGAAUUGAAUGUUCUGAAAGUGAAGCAUUUUGGAAUGAUUCUGUUUAAACUUUAAACGCACAGUUGCUGGUCUAUGAAAUUGGGUUGUUUUGUAUGUUAUAGUUGGGUAUCUGACUAGUGUUGUGUAACUUUGGUCUAGUGCCCUCACCCCACACUAUUAGUUGUGGGCAUGUGAGCAAUCUUGUCUAAUAAUAUUUAGAAGGACUGGGAGGGGGCAGAGGAGGAGUCAGUUUUAGCCUAACCUUAAGAGAAACUGACAAGGUCAGCUGGCUUCCAGCCUGCUUGAUUUCUGCUGUCUGAUAUCACCAGCAAGUGAUAUUGGAUUGAACGAAAACUCAAGUCACCCUAGAUCCUGCAGGAAUCCCGUCCAAUGGAUUAGGAAAAAAAUUUGACCCAAAUAUUUGUGCAUGUUCAACUGUAGUUAUCAGAAAUCUGGGAAAAAUGCAGAUUGCACUCAGACUGUGACUGAACAAAACCACAGGUCAUAUUUUAGGAUAUAAUCUCUUCAUCAGUUGCUGAACCUCCAGCAUUUACUGGUUUUCGUUGUUAUCUCCCUAUUGCCUGCUUCACCCAAUCAUACUGGAGUUUUUACUUUGACAACCAACACAUCCUUCUUAAGAUAGACUCGAACUCAUAAAUUUGUCCAUUCCAAAUUCGUCAGGAUGACAAAUAACGAAAAGCUAAGGGAUUGGCCAUUCUGAUAAUAUUAUCGCUUCACUCCUGGCAUUGUAUCCCUCAAGUCUGUCGCAACAGAUCACACAGCAUGUGGAAGUUUCGCACAAUACCCUUUGCCACAUUUUUUUAUACAGCUCCUGGUGAAAAUUAAUGGAAGCUUAGAAUAGAGUUCAUAUUAGAAUAAGGAAUCCACAAUCUGUGGAUAAAAUUGAGACAUUAUGAGUAAAUCUUUGAUUUUGAAGCUCUUGUAAUUAUAUAUGUUGUAAAAUAAUUCUAAAACAGUCUUGCAAUGGGUGAGGCUUUAAUGGAUAAGAACUUUGCAGAAUUCUUUUUUUUCCUUUUCAAUUUAUGUUCCUUCUCAUGAGUGUUCCUGCUGUUCAGGUGCUUCCUUGUGGGCACUCGCCCAGAUGCCAUUUCCUGUAAGUAUCGGGGAGAACCCAGUAAAGUUUACUUCACAAAGUUGACACCAAGACUCAUCUCAGUCCCACUUAGGCACCGGGCCAACAACUGUUGGAACUUUUCGCUUCCGUGCAAGUGGCAGACUUAGGCAUCAGGAAGCUGGCACCUUAACAGCUGUACGCAGCUGCUAAACCGAGAGCGGGCAACCAUUCCAGCAGUACUCCCCACUGGUGUUGAACACAACUUCAUUCUAAACACUACCCACACUUGUCAGCUGGAGUAUUUCAAUUUAAACCACCAUUGUUUCUAACAUUGCUUCAGAGCCCUGCUGUUCAGUCACAAGUGUAUGUUCCAUAACUGACUCUUACUGCAAUAAGGACACUGCAGAUUAAUGUCUAGGGAAGCUUGCUACAGAUGGCCCAAAAAAGGGUCAAUUUAUAAUCUGCCACCUUGUUUAAAUAAAAACACUAUUCUUUAGGAAUAUGCUAAGAAUGAAGAAUAAGCUAUGUAUUUUGUUUUGCAAUGGCAUCACAAGUUCUGAGAUCAUUUCGCUGAGGUUAAACAGAAAGAUUUGUAUUUCCUCUUUUCUUUCAACUGAUCAAGAUAACUGUACAGUUUCGGGCUGAUGGGUGUCAUGUAGCAGUUUCCCUGAGACAAGUGACAAUGUCUUCCACGACGUUUCACUGGUUCUCCGGCACUUUGGGAGGUGAGUGAAAGCCACCAGAUAAAUCCAGGAUUUUUCAAAAAUAAGGAUUUCUAAAUGAUUUAGUGCUGGUGCUGGGGCGGGGUAAAAUAAGCAGGCAUUUCCCCAUUGAAUCUGGCCCACUUCAACCUGAGAGAUGCAUGCUGGGCAUUAAGGGGAAAAUAAUGACCUUAGCCGAAUGCAAAACUUGUGAUGUCCGCACACAGUUUUUUUUUCCCAAGGUAACACAUGAUGAGCUAUCCAAAUGCAACUGUCACCUCUUACCACCAGUGAUUUCUGACAUUUUGUAUGGAUUUGAACAGGAAAAUCGUUUAAAAUGACACUUUAAAUCCAUGCUAUAACCAGCUCCUGCUAUAAUGUGGAGGAUUGUACCAAUAUUGUAACGAGCCAGUGAUUUUAUUUGAAGAAAGGAGCAUUGUAACAAUAUGAUUUUAAACAAAUGUAUCGCUAUCCCCUUUCAAAAACAAAACCUCCUCAGUUGUAAAAGUGCAAUACUGUUGACUGACUGGAUUCUGUAAAGUAGCUGCUAGUGGAAGAUUAAAGAUUUUUUGUAAUUUUGAUUACCAUGAAAAUAGAAAAACAAAGAGCAGGGCAGGAGGCUGGUCCACCUUGAGACCUUGUUCCAUGGACUUCCAUUAACAGUCAGUGUGUUCUGUUAUGUGUAAAACAGUUUUAAAAAAAAACAAUAGUUAAAAGGGGUUUAAAAAAAUUAUUUUGGAAAUUUAAAAAGAAAAGCAUCAAAACAUUUUGUAAAUGAGCUGUCGGGGAUCGGGAGGGGGUCAUGUUUUGAUUCUGUGUGUAUAAACAUUUAAUCUUGCGUGUGUAAGGGGAAACACUGAUAGUGUAUAAAACUCACUUAUGUGGAACUUUUUAAUUGAUACUUCAGAGUUUUACAAAAUGUUCCU